CAGAGGUGGACGCGUUGUCUUUACGGAGAGAGCUGGCCUGCUUAGUGCGCACUGACAGUGCAAACGGAAUGAAAAGCCAGAGCAAAUAAAGCAGCAAGUUUUGUGGGACGAGAAUCUCUCUGCCCGGUUUUCUUUUUCACUGAGCGUCAUCCUGGUGCACGGGUUCAGGUUGCACAUAGGAGUAGGCUACAAGUUUCCAAUGGACAGAUACUUGGAGACGGAUGGCGCAACAAGCAUGGGAUUAUUUUUGUAAUGUGGAUUGCUAUUCCUUUGCAAGAAAAUAAAGGUCCGCUGCGGAACAAUGUGAGACGUUAUGCGUCUUGGAUUCUCGUGUUUCUGGAUAUCUUGAAAAUCAUUGGCAACAGUUGAGAAGGAAGAAGUUAUGAGCAAAGGAUCGUAUGCUCCGACACUGGGACCAACAUGGAUUUGCCGUUAAAACCCCCUGCCCCUUAUUUAGAGAAUUUUUAGCCGGUCCACUUGUGUUAUUGUUGUUGUACUUGUUGUUGUAAACUUCAUGCUUGUGGACAAAUCGCCACACUGGGCUCUUGGAUUUUGAAACGUCGCCUGCCAUUGGAUUGGAUUUCCAACACCAUGAACUUUAUUGACAGUUUGACACUAUUAUUUCUGACGCUGUCAGCUGUCAAGAGUGCCCACAUACCGAAGGACGCAGAAAGAGGUCCACAUGACGUGAUCCCUUUAAUGGAGGUGUACAACAAGAGUUUGUGUAAGCCUCGGGAGCUGCUGGUGGAGAUUCUGCAGGAGUAUCCGGAGGAGGUGGAGCACAUUUUCAUACCGUCCUGCGUGGUGUUGACGCGCUGCGCCGGCUGCUGCAAUGAUGAGAUUAUGCAGUGCACGCCGACAUCGAGCUAUAACAUUACUAUGGAGAUUAAAAGAAUAAAACCCCAAAGGCAACAAAAUGAUAUUUUCAUGAGUUUUACAGAGCACAGUGCAUGUGAGUGUAGGUUAAAGAAAGAAGUGAAAGAACAGAGAGAAAAAAAACCCCGGAAAGGCAAGGGCAAAGGCCAAAAGAGAAAACGAAAGAAAAACCGUGACAAAACAAUUCACGAUGCUGUCUGUGAGCCAUGUUGUGAUCACUGCUCAGAUAGGAGAAAGCGUUUGUUCGUGCAGGACCCUGUGACCUGUCGGUGCUCCUGCAAACACUCAACAGAAUACUGUAAAGAUCGCCAACUAGAGCUCAAUGAGAGGACCUGCAAAUGUGACAAGCCAAGAAGAUGAGAGAGGUGGUAGCACCAGAUGUACAAGAUGAAGGAAUAUUCUAGAGAUAUUUCAUAGCACAGCACUUUGACCUUUAAACCGUAAGCUCUUUUCUGUGGAAAGCAUUCCCCUUGGACUGACUGACAGAACAAAAAGAAAAACUGAACUGUUUCCUCCCACUGUAUAUCUGUGUGUAUAUAUACCAUGAUAUAAAAAAAACUACAGAAUUGUUAUGCUGCUACAAAUCAAAACACUAAACCCAUCAUUUGAUGAAAAAGCAAAAUAGUCGCCAUGUGGUUUUGUAUUCUAACAGGCUUGCAAUAUAGGUGUAGUUGUGUUGUCAAUUCAUUGUAUGCAAUUACUUCACUGGAUAUGAAUCUACUGUGGUUUUGUGUCAGUCAUAAAGUACAAAACCUCUUGAUCUAAGAUACAGUGCAUCUGGAAAGUAUUCACACCCCUUCACUUUCCCCACAUUUUGUUAUGUUACAGCCUUAUUCCAAAAUUGAUUAAAUUCCUUUUUUUUCUCAUCAAUGCCCCAUAAUGACAAAGCAAAAAAAGUUUUUUUUUAGAAAUUCUUGCAAAUGUAUUAAAAAUAAAAACUGCAAUAUCGGCAGACGUGGGGAUGUUUUUCAGCGGCAGGAACUGGGAGACUAGUCAGAAUCGAGGGAAAGAUGAACGGAGCAAAGUACAGAGAGAUACUUGAUGAAAACCUGCUCCAGAGCCCUCAGGACCUCAGACUGGGGCGAAGGUUUACCUUCCAACAGGACAACGACCCUAAUCACACAGCCAAGACAACGAAGGAGUGGCUUCGGGACAAGUCUGUGAAUGUCCUUGAGUGGCCCAGCCAGAGUCUAGACUUGAACCUGAUUGAACAUCUCUGGAAAGACCUGAAAAUAGCUGUGCAGCGAUGCUCCCCACCUAACCUGACAGAGUUUGAGAGGAUCUGCAGAGAAGAAUGGGAGAAAUACCCCAAAAACAGGUGUGCCAAGCUUGUAGCUUCAUACCCAAGAAGACGUGAGGCUGUAAUUGCUGCCAAGGGUGCCUCAACAAAGUACUGACUAAAAGGUGUGAAUACUUAAGUACAUGCGAUAUUUCAGUUUUUUAAUUCUUAAUAAAUUUGCAAAAAUUUCAGGGAAAAAACGUUCUCUUUGUCAUUAUGGCGUAUUGUGUGUAGAUUGAUGAGGGGAAAAAAGGAAUUCAAUCCAUUUUGGAAUAAGGCUGUAACAUAACAAAAUGUGGGGAAAGUGAAGGGGUGUGAAUACUUUCCGGAUGCACUGUAUAUUUAACUGCUAAAACAGUGGGUGGGGCUGAAGAGGACACGGGAGAGCUCUCCUUUCAAAAAAGGUGGAUGACUUUUACUUUUGGACUAUAGCAGCUGGAGAACCGAUGGAAAUCUCGAAUCUGUGUCUUCAAGAAAUUGCUACUUUUCCUCCAAGGACAUGGACAAUGCUUUCACAAUUGUGAUCAGCUUGCAGGAGAAGAUACAUUACAGUGCCAUAUACUUUUAAAGGGAUACUGGUCAUCAAUGGUAGCAUCUAAUGUUUUGCUAUGUCCUACAUGAAAACCACUGAAAACAUCCUAUACUGUAGUUUGAUUCCAUUUGAAAAACUGUGCCUCACUACAUGUACUGAGAAAUCUUUCGAGUGCUUUUUAAAUUAUUUUUUGUUUCCUUUUUCAGGAGAGAAUAUUCAAAGUAGUUUGGUUAGUUGUUAAAGUCAAUACAGAAUCUAUUGAUUGCAUAUCUUCUUCUCUGAACUUGUACAUACUUAAUAUACCUUUAUGCCAUAGUCCAUCCUAGAUAAUUUAUAAUGUUAUAGAGUAUUUUUCAGUAUUCAGUCUUCUUCCCAUAUUUAAUUUGGUCUAUUUAUAUAUGCAGUGUUAUGUACCUGUGGCUGUCCUAUCUCUCCCCCAUGUGUAACGUCACUGAUGGCUACUCUCAGCAUGGAGACUCUGUGCUUUUUCAAGAAACAAAAAACAACAAAAAAAUCAAAAAUGAUUUGUUAACAUUCCCUAAAAUGGAUCAUGUGUACUGAUGACAACUCCUCCGGAUUUUUCAACCCCACUUAUGUACCAGUGUGGGUGCUGUGUAGAACUUUAACUUGUGUAUCUGUGUGUUUGUGUUUGUGUAUGUGUGUGUGUAUGAGUGUGUGUUCACAUGCAUUUUGCCGAUGUGCGCAUCUGUCUGUAGGUUAGUUAAUAAGUUGUAUUUAAGUGAGUAGUGGAUCAGUAUUGUCGGUCCUGCAAAAUGCAAAUACAAAAUGAACUACUGCUAGCAGCUGAGCGUACACUACAACACCAUCACAAUUUUAAAUUUGGAUAACAAUCUGCAUAAUUUCUGCCAUCAGUCUUAGAGCCUUCAUUAUUAGUUCUCUGUCUCUUCUUCACUAUUACCAUGUUUUUUUGUCUAUGUAAAACAGUAAAGCAUAUUUAUUUUCAAAUUAUAUUGUUUUUAUAUAAAAUAAGGAAAA